CCAAAUUUCAUUGAAUUAUCUUCAAAAUUGCGACCUGUAGUUCGAUUACAAGCUUUACAAGCCCUCCCCACUAAAGUGGUGUAGGGUAUAAAAAAAACAGUUCGGACCAUGCUUUACAUAUUAAGAAUUCUUUGCUCAAAAUUCAAAUUUCUUGCAUUAGACUUUAUUUGAAACAAUUAAGCCCCAAAUUAUUUUACUUUGAUUAUUUCACACGAAAUCGCUAACGGCAUAUAAUUCCUGUCAAAGAUCAAACGCAUAAAAGUCGAUUUAUUUUACAAAUGUGCUAGUUUUUAACCAACUACAUACAUACAUAUUUCAAUUACACAUCUAUAAGUGUGUUGUAGAUGUAAUUAUAGCCUACAUAAAAAAAACGUAACCAAAAAAAAUCUAUAGGAAACCCAAAACCUAACUUAACAAAUGAUCUUCAUCUUAAUUACCAAAAAACAAAUUACAAAUUACAUGUCAAAUGAAUGUAAACAAAAUAUCUAUUGGAAGCGCAUGAAAAUAAAAGCCGCGUUUUCUUUACAAUAGUUCUCGUCGUGAUCGUGAUCUCUCAAACAAGUUGCAAGCGAACAUGUCGGACAGCAUGAUGAAAAAAUAUAAACAAACUAAGCCAAGUUAAGAACGAAAUUGAAACGGAAAUUGUAAAAGACAAAACAAAAACAAGUAUGAGAAAUAAACAAGAGACCAUAACAAAUAACAAUAACAACAAUAAAUGAGCGCUUUUGGGCUUUUGUAGAUUGAUACGAUCAGUUUGAGAGUAAACGCAUACGCGAACGGUUGUAACACCUGUUGAACGCUUGUUUAUUAAACGGAAUAAUAUGAUCGUUUACGUCAAGUUUGUAAAAAACAAAUAAGAAAAUUUAUAAAAAAAACAAAACAAAGUGAUUAAAAUUUGUAUGAAAAGAAGAAAUUUUAUAUAUAUUUUUUUUAAGAAAAUUUUCAAAUUCGACUUAACAGUCUUAAGAUGUAUACAAUAAGAAACAAAGUGAUUUAAAGUAAUAUAUAAGUAAAGUGAACCUGCAUUUAAUUGCAAAACAAAAAGAAAUUAUUAUUUCAUCAAUCAAGUGCAACAUAAAGUAAAACCAGAAUAAAUAUCAAACCUUAACAAGUUGGAAUUUAUAAUAUUAUACAAAAAAUAUAAGAAAAAAAUACAAAAUCAUUUACAAAAAAAAAAAAAAAAAUAAAUCAGAUUUAUAAGUGGAUAAACCGUCAUCAUCAUCAGCAAAAUCUUUAUUGUAAAAUAAUAAAAUCGGAUUAUUGUGUUCCUGGUUGUUUUGAACAAAACUCAAAAAGCAACGGCAAAUCUACACCACAACGCACAGAAAAUCAAAAUCCAAUAAGAAGUCAAACAUUUAAAGAGACCACAUAUGAUGAUAAUGAAGAUCAGUAAGAUCAUAAUGAUGAUGGCAAAGUUGUUACAAGUACAAACAAAUUAAAACGUAUGCAGAACGGAUGAAAAUAUAUGUUGUUGAGAUACAUGUAUGCUAAAUACCAAAUUUAAUUAUGGACAAGAAUCUUGUUUCAAUUACAGUCUAGUACAAGUAAAUUUAUAGUAAAAAAAACUUUAACAAAAUUCUCCAAACAACAGCAGCAACAGGAAAAAAAUAAUAAAAUAUUACUAAAAAUAAUUACCACAAGUACGAGUACCCUCAGUCUGUUGCAAUAAAUAGUUACAUGGACAGCAAUUUUUUUUUAAAUAUUUGUAAAUUUUACACAAAUCCUGGUGGAACAGCCUCUUUGUGAAAAAAGGGAAAAUUAUAAUAACAAUAUCUAAAGUAACAGCCACAAUAAUAAUAAUAAAAACAACUAGUACAACAUGGAAAGCAUGUCAUCAUCAAUUGAUCCCGUAGUACCACGUACCGCCAAUUUGCUGGCAUGCAAACAAUGGUGGCGUGUUUGUUUCUUGUAUGGUGAUCAACAGAAAUAUUAUCGACAAGUUUAUAGCAAAGCUGCAGCACAAAGAUUGGCAUUAUCAACAACAACUUCAACAGCUACUGCAACGACAAAAACAACAACAACAGCAGCAACAACAAUAUCAUCAGACUUAACAAGUGAGUUAAAUAAUGAAAAUGACAAUAACAAGAGUCCGGAGGAUCAGACGGUCGAGUAUGAUACGGUUGCCAUAGAUUUUAUCGAAACACAAUUAGACGAAGAUGCUGAAGAUGGAGCAGGCGAUAAGCACUCAACUACAACAAAGAUAACAAACAAUAUUAAUUUAUCAACAACAAUAACAACCAAAGAACAACAACAACAAGCGCCAGUGGCUUUAUUUCCCUUAAAAUGUGAUACAAUCAAUGGUUCAGGUGGAGGAGAUACCAGCAGUGGCAGUAGUACCUUAAGAAAAAGUAAACGUCUUUUACGUUCUUUAAGAGGACAUCGAAAGGGCGGUGGCGAUACAAAUGAUACAUGUUCAACGACAUCAGCCACUAAUAAGAAACCCACAAAACACUUGCGCGACACUUUGGAAACUUUAAAAAAUUUAAGCCUUAAUCACCACUCACUAAACAAACAACUACAACAGCAGGAGCAGCUUCCAACCAACCAAUGUCAAUUGUUAAAUGAACCCACAAAACAAAAUGCCAAACACACUCUAUUAGAUGAUCCCUUUCUCUUGGGCAUUGGUAUCGAUGAAGAUCAUUUGGGGGAUUUAAUACGUGGCAAAAAACCUUCUUACACUCCACCCUCUGCUUUGGAAAAUGUUUCGAAAUAUUUUAAUCUUUAUACUGAAACAGAACAAGAACCUGAACCAAAUUCUAUGACAUUCGAGGGGUUUGAAGAAGAUAAGCCAGCCCUGCCACCAAAACGUAAUGCUGGCCAACAGAGUGUUACUCAAAAUGAUUUGAAAUUGAGUGAAAGUGAUUUGGAGUUUUUAAAUUUAAAUUUACGUAAUCGUAGUUUACCGCGCAACCUAAAACCCCUAAAAGAUCCUCACAAUAUUAGUUUCACUUUUAGGGAAGAGGACGAGGAGAGUUUAAAGGCGAAAGAGAGUAGUAAUUUAGAUAAUGCUACUGCGACGGCGGGGAGUGAUAAUGAGCCCAUCAGUCGAACGCCGCUAACCCAGGUGUCGUAUUUACAAAAAAUACCAACAUUGCCGCGUCACUUUUCACCAAGUGCAGGAGGAAGUACGGCGGCAAGUUCAAACACGCCACCGCCUCUACCACCAUUGGGCAGUUUAAGACAUCUUGGCAACAGCAAUGUCGCAUCACCGUCAUCAUCAACAUCGUCAACGGGGCCAAUGCCAAGUAGCUCAUCGGCUGGAGCUUUAUACAAUCCCUCAGCAGUUGCAGGUUUGCCAACAUCACCAUUGCCCAUGCAACGUCAAUUUCAACAGCAACAUCAACAACAACAACAACAGACAUCUCAUUUGCCACCAUUACCACCACAUCAACAGCUACAACAGCAGCAGCAACAACAGCAUCAUCACCAUCAUCCUCAUCAGUAUCUGCCACCUCAUCUACAGCAUCAACAGCAAAUGCAACAACUACAGCACCAACAUCAGCAGCAACAGCAACAAUUAUCUUCAAAUACAUUGCCACAUCAGCCAUCACAGUAUUCACCUGCGGCAUCGGCAUCUUCAUCAAUCUCCAAAUACUCAUCAUCGUCACUAAAGCAUCCUCAUCAUCCUCAUUCUCACAAUCCACAGCAACAACAACAACAACAACCGCCACCACCACAUCAGCUGUCUCCAGCAAUUUCAUCACCAUCGCCGCCCUCUCUGCUGCAUCAUCCCACUGGCGGUGGUGUUGGCGUUGCUGGUGUUCAUCCUCCUUUUUUGGUAGGUCAACAUUUGGAUAUGCAACGGCAAUCCCACUCAGAUGAUGAUAGUGGUUGUGCUUUAGAGGAAUAUACUUGGGUACCACCAGGACUAAGACCAGAUCAGGUUCGUUUGUACUUCUCACAAAUACCGGAUGAUAAAGUGCCAUAUGUCAAUAGUCCUGGAGAGCAAUAUCGUGUGAGGCAAUUACUACACCAGCUACCACCCCAUGAUAACGAGGUUCGUUACUGUCACUCGCUGACGGAUGAGGAACGCAAAGAACUUCGCUUAUUUUCUACACAACGCAAACGUGAUGCACUUGGACGUGGCAAUGUCAGACAGUUGAUGAGUGCACGUCCCUGUGAUGGUUGUGAUGAUUUAAUUUCGACCGGUGACAUUGCUGUCUUUGCAACACGUUUGGGUCCAAAUGCAUCUUGGCAUCCUGGCUGUUUUGUUUGCUGUGUGUGUCGUGAGUUGCUCGUCGAUCUCAUUUACUUUCAUCGUGAUGGACGUUUGUAUUGUGGGCGUCAUCAUGCAGAAACUUUAAAGCCGAGAUGUUCAGCCUGUGAUGAGAUUAUCCUGGCAGAUGAAUGCACCGAAGCUGAAGGACGUGCCUGGCAUAUGAAUCAUUUCGCCUGUCAUGAAUGUGAAAAGCAAUUGGGUGGUCAAAGGUAUAUAAUGCGUGAGGGUAAACCCUACUGUCUGUUGUGUUUCGAUGCAAUGUUCGCGGAGUACUGUGAUUUUUGUGGUGAGGCUAUUGGUGUAGAUCAAGGGCAAAUGAGUCAUGACGGCCAGCAUUGGCAUGCAACUGAUGAAUGUUUUUCUUGCAAUACAUGUCGUUGUUCACUGUUGGGACGUGCAUUCUUACCCAGACGUGGAGCCAUAUACUGUUCGAUAGCCUGUAGUAAAGGUGAGCCACCAACACCUUCUGAUAGCUCGGGUACUGGCAUGUAUACAACGCCCACGCCACCCACUCAACGGGUAAGACCUCAAACACGCAUACCCAGCAGUCAUGCUUCAAGUUCACCACCAAUGUCACCCUUGCAACAGCAUCAACAUCAGCAAAACUUCAAUCAAGCCAUGUAUCAGUUACAAAGUCAGCAAAUAGCAGCUGGCAUUGGCAGCAAUGCUUCCAGUGGAGGACUGGUGGGUAUAGCAACGAAUACGGAUGGUGCUAAACAAAGUUAUCCUACCUCGGAUUCUGAUGCAGGUGUGGUCAAGGAUAUGGAGCAUACAGCAGGAGAUUUUACAGAUUUCUCGGGUGGUUUACCCUCCUCAUCUUCUCAGAAUAUGUCACCGCUAACAUCACCCGGAGAAUUUAAUCACUCCAUGCCAAAACCCAUGGAACUGAAACGUGAUGGUCCGUAUAACUUCAAUGAAAUGUCACUAAAUUUGGAAAAUACUUGGCCCGCAAAACCCAUACUAGCAGGAGCCAACAGUUACAAUUUACAACGCCAAUUGCAUCAAAUUUCAGAAGUAGAAAAUGCAAAAACCUCCAGUAUGCCAGAGUUGUCACAACCAGGAAAUUCCUCAACAUUUCCCCAACAAAAUCCAAACAAUUUACAACAGCAGCAAUUGCCGCAGUAUGGUUCCGAUUAUGCUCAGCAUAUGCCCCACAGUAUUACCUCGCCUCCACCUUCAGAGAUACCAGAUCUUCCAACACCAAAUCUCUCCGUAGCAUCUACAGCAUUACCACCUGAAUUAAUGGGCUCUCCUACUGCCUCGGCUGGUGAGCGUUCAAUACUCUCGCAUCAAUCUACACAAUCCAAUCCUGGACAUCAACCUGUACAUCCGGUCUCUAUAUUAAGUGGAGCUUCUUCCUCUUCACCCAUGAGUGGUGAAACUAAGAAAAAAGGUGUACGCUUCGAAGGUAUACCGUCCGAUACUUUACCACGUUCACGCAGUUACUCCGGCAAUGGCGCCGGCACGCAACGUAGCAGUGAAACUACAGCAGAGAAACAUCGCCACGGUGGUAAUGGUGGUCAUUCUUCCAGACGCCGUAGACGUCGCAAAUCUCAUCGUUCUGGCAGUGGUCAUCGUUCCAAUUCCACAACCCGAGCCGACACCUAUGCUACAGCUCAGCCACUUUCUUCUUCCUAUCAAGGUCCACCUUCCAUAUUACAAACAGCUGGCUUGGAUCCCACACGCCAUCAUCAUUCUUCCCAAAUAACUGUGGGAGCCAACGAUGACGACUCUGACGAUGCCUCUAGUGUUUGUUCAACGUGUUCGUCUAGUUCAUCUAGUUCCGAAGAUUAUAUGUAUCAAAUUCCUUUGCGACGUCAUUAUGGUGGCGUACGCGUUAGUUAUGUACCCAAUGACGCCUUGGCGUAUGAUCGUAAACGCAAGCCUUCGGAUCCAAAUGAUAAAGAUAAAAACUGUGUUAUAUCGUGAUUUACAAGUGAGUGCGUGCACAAACUGUUGAUGUACAUGAAUUGAUAUUAAAGUAAAACUAGUUGUUGGAUGUUUUUGAUGGCUGGUCCAUUGCUCUACGCAAUUCUCAUCUUAAACACUAUUAUUAAUUUAUGCGGUUUGUGAAUUUGAAUUAAGUAAAGGUAACGGAGUGAUAGCAACAUAGAGGCAACAUUAGAUGCCACAUUUUAAUUAAGGGUAUUUUAUUUAGUUUUUGGUUUUUCUGCUUAAGUUAUGCAGCAGCUAACUAAUGCCUAAAAGCGUUUACAAAUAACAAGUUUUGUUCUACAUUCACAUCUAAUCCUUUCAGUAUACAAAUUAAUAAAACACAUAUUCAAUUCAUCCAAUUUAAUUCGUAAAGCAAGGCUUAGGUGUGUGUUACACAUUUAGAAGCAAUAAAACUAUUUACAAAAUAAUGGGGUAUUGGCAUCAUUUAAACAUUGCCUAUGGCUGCAACAACUUUAAGACUUAAUAGUUUCCUCAUGUUGCUAGGUUCAUUCUUCAUUCUCUAUAAUUUAAAACAAAAUUUAUGAUAUAAAUUAAAUUUUUCCAAUAAAUACUCUAAAAACUUAAGUCUAAAUGAAAAACUAUUAAAACACCAAAUUUACAAUUUAUGAAAUUUUUAGUUAUUUAAGUUCUUUUACUAAAACUAAUUCUAUAAAGAAAACUAAACUAUCAUAAAUAUAAUAAAAAAAAUUAAUAUAAAUUAUUAUUUCAAAGGACUAUAGUUUCUAUACCCAAAUAGUUACUUAAAUGCAUAAAAUACUAUAAUUUAUUUAUAAAACUUAGAUUUAAAUUAAACGAAUAGA